UCUAACGUUGCUGUUUUCACACGCGGAAGUUGUUUUCAGUCAGUAACAAUGUUGGACUUCAAACUGUUCGGCGUUAAUUUAUAACGCAAACACAACCAAAAGAGUGCCUGAGAGCUCAAAUGGGGGCGGUGUCGUGUCACCGUUUGACGACGUUUGUGCCAUCAAAUAUGAAACCGGAAGCUAAUUUGAUUAGCUAUCAAGCUAAAUAAGUGGGGUCAGUUUGUUGGCAAAGGGUGCUGUUUAACACAAAAAUGUCUCUUCUGGAAUCAGAAGAAAGUACUCCUCUGCUCAAAGGAGAUGCUGACAGCACACAGGAUGCUGAGAGGAGCCGGUGGAGGUCGAUCAGGGUCAUGUACUUCACCAUGUUCCUCAGCAGCGUGGGUUUUACAAUCGUCAUCACAUCCAUAUGGCCUUAUCUACAAAAGAUUGACGACAGCGCAGACGCCAGUUUUCUGGGUUGGGUGGUGGCUGCGUUUAGCCUGGGACAGAUGGUGGCGUCGCCCCUGUUUGGACUUUGGUCCAAUCACAGGCCUCGAAAGGAGCCGCUGGUGUGUUCCAUCGUCUUGAACGUUGCAGCGAACAUGUACUACUCCUACGUGUACCUGCCUCCGUCUCACAACAAAUACCACAUGCUCCUGGCUCGAGCGUUCGUCGGAUUUGGAGCAGGUAACGUAGCUGUCGUGAGGUCUUACGUAGCAGGAGCCACCUCGCUGAAGGAGAGAACCGGCGCUAUGGCUAACAUGAGCGCCUGCCAGGCUCUGGGCUUCAUCCUCGGCCCAGCUCUUCAGGCUGGUCUCUCGUUUAUCGGUGAGAACGGCUUCAGCGUGGACGUCGUUCACCUGAAGUUGAACAUGUACACGGCUCCGGCGCUGCUCGCCGCCUGCUUCGGUGUCAUCAACAUCCUGCUAGUCGUCAUCGUCCUGAGAGAGCAUCGUGUAGAUGACCACGGCAACCAGAUCAGAGCGAUCAACUACGUCUCGGAAGAGCAGCUAGCCGUGCCUCCCGAAGUGGAAGGAAACAUCGACCAGGUCGCAGUGCUUACAUCCAACGUCCUUUUCUUCGUCAUCCUCUUCAUUUUCGCUGUGUUUGAAACUAUAUCCACUCCUUUAUCCAUGGACAUGUUUGCGUGGACGAGGAAAGAAGCCGUCCUGUACAACGGGGUCAUUUUGGCGGCCAUUGGCUUAGAGUCUGUUAUAGUGUUCCUCGUGGUGAAGGUGAUCUCUGUGCGGUUUGGUGAUCGUCCAGUGCUCUUGGGUGGCCUAGUCAUCAUAUUUAUCGGCUUCUUUAUCCUGCUCCCCUGGGGGAACCAGUAUCCAAAAAUUCAAUGGGCAGAUCUUCAGAACACCUCCAUGCCAGCUUUGGUGCGUUCCCCAGUCUCUAACAGUAGUGUGGAACCGACCGGAUGCCCUUCAGAUCAGAUCUGGUGCCAGUUCACCCCCGCCAUCCACCUGGCACAAUACCUCACAUCCGAUAUCCUCAUAGGAGUGGGCUACCCCGCCUGCAACGUCAUGUCCUACACACUGUACUCGAAGAUCCUGGGACCCAAACCACAGGGUUUGUACAUGGGCUGGCUGACAGCCUCAGGCAGCGGUGCUCGCACCCUGGGCCCCGUGUUUGUCUCUCAGGUCUACACCAACUUGGGUCCUCGCUGGGCCUUCAGUCUGAUCUGCGUUAUCGUCCUGGCGGCCAUCGUGCUCCUCACAGCUAUGUACAGACGACUUAUAGCCUUCUCCGUGCGCUACAGAAUGAUACACGAGGGCUGACGUCAGAGGACUAACCGUAUUCUACCUUCAAGGACUAAAGACUCCAGGUUCUGGGGGAUGGAUGGAAGAUUCCCCGAAACUUGUUUUAAAGUCCAUAAACCUUUUUACACUAUGUUGAAUAAUAAAUGUGUCGAGUCCACAGGAAAUAGAAAAACAGAACCUAGGACGAGCGAGGGUAUUUUAAAAUGUAUUAAAUAAAUAGUGUGAUUUUCCGCACGAGCCCGGAAGAAACCGGAGACACUGUCUUGACACUUUACAACUAAUUUUUAUUAUUAACUUUACAAAACGUAUUAAUGUAUACACGUGGAUGCUGGUUAUAGUGAAGAACUGGAUGCUCGGGGUUUGGUACCCGAGAUGAAUUCAUUUCUACUUAUUUAACUUCUUAUUGUCCAGAGUUUCAUUUUAAUCCUGUUCUGACGUGUAUUUUCAUUUAAUCCAGUUGUAUAAAUGACAUUCCCUGUGUAAAA